GGUGCACUGUGUCCCUCAGACAUAGCGGAUCACCGAUCCACGAAAAGAGCCGAAGUUGUCGGCUCGGUCAUGUGAUCAGCUGUGUCCAAUCACAGCUGAUCACAUCAGUGCCACCUGUCAGUGUCCAUCAGUGCCAGCUCUCAGUGCUCAUCCAUGCCACCUGCCAGUGCCCAUCAGUGCCACAUCAGUGCCACAUUUCAGUGCCCAUCAGUGCCACAUCAAUGCCACAUAUCAGUGCCCAUCAGAGCUGCCUUUCAGAGCCACCCAUCAGUGCCAGUCAGUGCCACCUUCAAUGCCAGUCAGUGCCACCUAUCAGUGCUGCCAAUCAGUGUCACCUAUCAGUGCCGGUCAGUGCCACAUAUCAGUGCCAAUCAGUGCCGCCUAUCAGUGCCAAUCAGUGACGCCUAUCAGUGCGCAUCAGUGCUGCCUAUCCGUGCCGCCUAACAGUG